AUGGCGCCGGUUUAUGCACUGAGCUUGUCGAAAUAUAAUGGCCCUGACAAUGGCGUUGUCUGGCUACCAGGAUCACUUGGGUUUGUUCUGCGAGUCUAUUGUUCAGGAUCCACGUUGUUUGACGACCCUUUCAAAGACAUCGGAGUGACUUGCACCACUAUUACCAAGGACAGCGCUGGCCACCUAAUUUCCCGCUAUGAGAGGUGGUAUUCUCUUGAAUCUAACUUUACCUCUACAAAGCACGAGAAGGAUGGGUCAAGUUCCCUAGUUCUAGCUCUGCUGGCUGAUCUUAAGGACGUCGGCAACGUUCGAAUCAACUUUAGCAUCAAGAAGAAGUUGGCGAAUGGCACAUUCCAGCUCAUGGGGGGUUCAGAGCUGGACGUAGACCGCGCAAUUAGGACCAUGGACUUGGACCAGGUGAAGAAGGAAACCGAAGCGGAAUUGAACAAGUAA